AUGGUCGAAUCUAUUGGAGAUAGUCGAUGUCCGUUGAAUGUACAAUGUAUUUGGACUGGACAAGCGAAAGUGCAAAUAGCUGUUUCAAAAGCAGAAAUGUCAAGUACUGCUGAGUUAGUUAUUGGUGCAAAUCCUCAAAAUAAUGCUAUUGUCACUGUUGGUACUAAUAAAUAUAGUAUUACUCUUGAGAAAGUCAUUCCAUACCCUGGUGGUGGACAGACUCGUGAAAAAAAGGAAGCUGUUCUUCAAGUUAAAUGUUUAUAA